AUGGUAUAUAUCGUCCAGAACACCAUCGUACAGGACUACAGUCAUGAAUGUCGUUACCAACCCAGCGUGAAUCUCUGGGAUCUGAACACCAAAUCCCUUCGACACCAGCUGCCUGGCCAUACCGAUGCGGUCAUGUGGAUCGGUAUCAAUCCAAAUAGCUCGCUUGUGGCAUCUAUUGCAUGA